AUGUCGUUACGACUGACUAGACGUAUAGUAAAUCAGUUGUUUAUUCGACGAUUUGCAUCGAACGAUUCGUCAAUAACAACAACAUCAUCACCCGAUGCAAAUAAAGAAUUAACGACAAAAAAACCUUCGGAAGUAUCAACGCCGAAACGUGCUUUCACAUUAAUCAACCCGAAGACUGCUCAUCAAAUCAAACGCAUUGAUGAAACGCCUAUUAAAAACGAAAUGGAUUACAUCCGACAUCGAUUGACCGAAAACCGUGUGAAAAAUAUUCCUAUUGAAACUGAUAUUUUAAUCAUUGGUGUAAGUAUUCUCCUAUUUCUACCACUUCUGACCUAUGCUUUUCGUAUUCAGGGUGCUAUUAAAGGUUCAGCGAUCGCUUAUUUUCUGAAACAACGGGCACCCGAUACGAAAAUAACUGUCAUUGAACGUGAUUGGAAUUAUACAACGUCGAGUACGGUGCUUUCGGCUGGUGGGCUACGUCAGCAAUUUGCUCUUGAAGAAAAUAUUCAAAUGUCUGUUUAUGGUGCGGAAUUUCUCAAACAUAUUCGUGAACAUUUAUCUAUUCUUGACAAUGACCCUGUUCCUGUUUCAUUUCAUCAUAAUGGUUAUUUAUUAUGUGGUAGUGAGAAAAGUGUGAAACUUUUCGAAGAAAAUUACAAAACACAAACAUCAUUAGGAGCAAAAUUAAAAUUGAUGUCAGCAAAUAUGCUCAAGGAGCAGUUUCCAUGGCUGAAUACUGACGGAAUUGCAAUUGGAUGUUAUGGUAUUCAAAAUGAAGGUUGGCUAGACCCUUGGGCAUUGCUUACUGCAUUCCGACAAAAAGCAUUAUCACUCGGCGUCGUGUAUUUGAAUGCGGAGUUGGUCGGUUUUGAUAAAGCACAACGGAUCUGGGCCGAUGGAACGAUCGAAAGGCAAUUAGAUAAAGCUUUAAUAUUAUCUGCGGACGAUAAUCGAAUCUAUCCAAUAGAUGCGACAUUCUUCGUCAACACUGCUGGCCCUUGGGCUGGCGAAGUAGCAAAAAUGGCUGGUAUUGGUGUUGCUGAUGAAUAUCCUGUUGCAUUACCCGUAGAACCGAGGUAA